GAGAAAAAAAAAAGUAUCGCGUCGGUGCCGGGUUACACACUAGAAUCCGUCUCCCUUCAGCGACCAUCUGCGACCUGCACAAGGCAGCCCGCGUGCCCCCCAAUCCUCAUACGUAUCCAAGUUUCCCAGAAUGCGGCGACGGAGAAAGCUUCAACAGGCGCUCGACUGAUUCAGCCUAGCCUAGGCGUCUCUAACACCCCAGAAUCCGCCAGUUCUUAGAUCUGCCCUACCGUUGCGCACUACGGGCGCAACAGUGUCGCAAUCGCAUCUACCAUCGUCACCAUCAUCAGUUGCGUGUCAGAUGCUGCGCUUCCAGGCUCACAGCCGUCCUAUCAGCGAAAAUUCAUUCGACGAGUCUCUGGGAAUCUCGCCACCAAAAACUGCGGAGAGCGCCGCCGAUUCCGCAAUCCUUGGCGUGAAAGACGCGGCGAUGGGUGCAAGACACCAGGUUUGCCGCCACGAUUCUCGGCACCGAAGCAGGAGCGAUGAGCUGAGCAUAACUGCGACGGGGGUGGGAGGCAGGGAUGACAAGGCAGCAGCGGAGGAAAUGGAGGUAUUAGUAGCAUGGGAGUUUGGGGGGCGAGUGUGGAUACUAGGAGGGGGUUAGAGAAAGCGGGGAUGAAGGGUAGAGGGGUUGGUAAGGCAUGAGGAACGUGCCAUCAAUGGGCACAGGGCAGGGGAGAGGGAAGGCACCAGGGAAGACGAAAGGGAAGGGGAAAAGGUAGGUGAAGAAGAGUGAGAGCAGCAUGUGAGUGAGUGAGGGCAGCAUAUGAGUGAGUGAGAGAAGCAUAUAUUUCCUCCCUUUCAUGAAAAGCUGCAAUCUUUCAUGCCUGCUGUGCAUUCUCUUUCCAGGUCUUCCACCAUAUCUCGCACUAAGCUCCAACCCAUCGCUUGUUUCUGAUCUCAGACUUUUACUCAGCCUAACGAACCUCACAUUCCACAACUUCCAAUUUUGAAUUGACUCUGGUCCCAUCCCCUUCCUAUCAACUUAUACAUAUGUCUUAUAUGUCAUCGCAAAAAAGGUGUGCUCGCAAAACGAUUGCGUAGCAUUCGAGCGAAUGCUUUGCAAACGUUUUGCGAACAUGUGGGUGAAAAUUCAUGGCGGACUAAGAUCAGAACACUUGGCGAAUGCUUGGGCAACAUUUCCCGAAACACUUUUUGGUUCACGACAGCGAAUGCUUAGAGGUGUCUUUUCGGUAAUCUCUGUGGUUCGUUUACAAAUGCAUGGCGGUGUUCUUUCUACAACUUUUGCAGUAAACAUGUAAAUGCAUAGAGAAGUUUAUGCUCACCAUUUUUAGUAUUCAGCAUGAUUUGUUGCAAACGUUUGGUGGUAUUUUUCAUGGAUCCGUUUUUGCAGGCUGCAGUACCCUUUUGGGCAUGGUUCAGCGCCCCGCCUCCCGAAGAUACCGCUUCUGCGUGCCGCCUCCUCCCCCUCGCCCCUCCUUACUCUCCUGCCCCCCCAAUGGCGCAUUAGCUCAUGAACAUGCAGAUAAGAAUGACAUGGGUGAACAAGACUAGUCACCUACGAGCUGCUUGAAAUGAUAGACCAUCGUGAAACGAGAUCCUCAGCAUAGGGCACACUAAGAACGACCAUGGUAAUCGAAGCCUGUGGGAGAGGAAGGAGCUGCUCACUAGGGGGCGCGAAGGCGAGAAUGGGAGCUGAAACUGAUGCAGAUAGAACUGCCGAGGGCUAUUAUUGUAAGUAACGUCUAGCUGGAAGGCAUGAGAGGGCGCAAGGGGACAAGUAAGGAAGGGAUCAGAAGUGUGUGGUGGGCUGGAGUGCUGGCAUGUGGGGUGCAGCGUGGUGGGCUGGGUGGUUGGGGCGAGCAGGUGGUUGAGCUGGAUUAGCCGCUCUGGAACCACUUGGCAGAUUUUGAUUGGUUGGACGAGGUGCAGGGGCUGAGUUGGAUGAAUAAAUUUUGUUGGGUUCGGUUGCAGGUUUGGUAGGGGGCAAAGGGUGUGUGAUUGUCGUUUUUGCUGUCGAGGGAGCAGGCUGUGGGUUGGGUUUGCGAUUGUUGUUGUUUGGCUUCGACCAAUCGCAUGGCCCCUUUUGAUGUCCGAGGGGGUUGUUCAAUUUCCUCACGGUGCAUAGGGUUAGGACGUGGUAUCUGGGUUUCGCAACCCAUUGGAGCUGCGUAACCCAGCCUGGUUACAGGUCUCGCCGAACCUCGAAUAGCGUGUGAGAUAUGGGUUGAGUUGGUUGGGGUUGGAUUCAGUUAGUUUUUUUGGCAAAUUGCACACAUAUUUUAUAUAUUAUUAUAUUUCAGUUACUUAUGCACAAUUUUAAAACUUU